AUGGGUCUAUCCAUCUCUCGGAUCUUCUCUGCCCUCUCAUUUUGGAGCAAAGGGAGUGAAGUGAGGAUAUUGAUGGUCGGAUUAGAUUCAGCAGGAAAGACGACGAUAUUGUACCGGUUGCAGAUCGGGGAAGUGGUUUCUACGAUACCGACAAUCGGAUUCAAUGUCGAGACUGUAACGUACAAGAAUAUAAACUUUCAAGUUUGGGAUCUAGGCGGUCAAUCAUCCAUCAGACCAUAUUGGAGAUGUUAUUAUGCCAACACACAGGCGAUUAUCUACGUGAUUGAUUCGUCUGAUCUGUCACGUCUGCCGACAUCUCGUUCAGAACUCUUGACCAUGUUGGCAGAGGAUGAACUCAAAAACGUCCCGGUGCUUGUCUUCGCAAAUAAACAGGAUAUAAAGGGUGCUUUGAGUCCUGCAGAGGUCUCGGAUAAACUCGGUCUGGCAGGUCAGGAAAAGGGUAGAGAGUGGAGUGUGAGAGGGAGUUGCGCGACGAAGGGAGAGGGUUUGGAAGAGGGAUUAGAUUGGUGA